UCCGCAGCGUCAUGGCCUCGGCGCAGAAGGCGAUGUCGGAGUACGGCGGCGGCGGCGGCACCGGCAGUGGCAGCGGCGGCGGCACCGGGCAGAGGCGAAGCCGCGCCAAGAAGCUGGGCGUGGGCGUGUCGCGGCCCAAGAAGAACACCGUGGCCUCGCUGCUGGCCAACAGUCGCUCCGGUGACGACAGCCAGCCGGGCGGCAGCGGCGCCAUGCAGAUGUCCACGGACGAGCUGACGAUCGAGGUGCGGCCGCGCUCGUCCACCGCCCCGGCCGCCGCCGGCGACGACGACGACUCCGUGUCGGUCAAGUCGGCCGGCAGCGACCGCAAGCACAAGGUCACCUCGAGCACCGACGACCCGCUCAACAGUUUUCCGUAUUCCAGCUACCUGGCGCGGCUGAAGCGCGAGUACGAGGACAGCAGCGGCCUCGACAGCGAGGAGCUCUCGGCCGGGGAGUCCGAAUGCGAGGUCUCUUCCAGCAAAGGCACGCCGCCGUCCAAGCGUCGGCGCGUGGUGACGGACGAGCGCAAGCUGCGCGUGCCGCUGGACCGCGGCUGGCGGCGCGAGACCACCAUCCGCAAGGUGACGCAGGCCGGGCCGCGCGGCGACGUCGUCUACUACGCGCCGUGCGGCAAGGCGUUCCGGCAGUUCCCCGACAUCCUGCGGUACCUGGAGCGGAACAACAUCAGUGACGUCACCAGAGACCACUUCACGUUCAGCAGCAAGGUCGUGAUCGGAGACUACCUGAAGAUCUCGGACGACGGGGAGGAGUGCAUCCCCAUGUCGGAGGCCGAGGUCAAACGGCAGGUGGACCUCCUGGGCGGCGGCAAGAAGCGACAGUUCAAAAAACCAUACGUCAUCAACAUCAAAAGCGACGAGGGCGGCGGCGCCUCCGGCUCCGGCUCCGGUUCCGGCGGCUCCUCCAGCUACCAACAAGCCAUGGAGCUGAUGCGUCAGCUGGAGGACGAGCGGCGCGCCAGGCAACUGAAAGAGGAGCAAAAGAAGAAGGAGCGCGAGCUGAAGAAUGCCCAGAUGUUGGAGGAGCGCCGCAGAAAACAGGAGGAGCUGGAGAAGCAGAAGGUGGCGGAGAACUUGCGGAAAGCUCAGGAGCUGAACAAACAGAGAGAGAUGCUAUAUAUGCUAGAAGUGGAGCGCGAGCGGCGCCGCCACCACAUGGUGCUGGUGAAGGCGCUGGACGCGCGCCGGCGCCAGGAGGAGCGCGACCGGCGGCGCGAGGACAUGAAGGUGGAGCGCGCCGCGCUGAAGGAGCGCCGUCGCGAGAAGCGGCUCCAGGACGCCGAGGUCAUCCGCGAGCUCAAGAAGCCGCGCGAGGACAUGGCGCUCAAAGACCAGAAGCCGCUGCCCGAGCUGGACCGCAUCCCCGGCCUGCGGCUGUCGGGCGAGGCGUUCGCCAACUGCCUGAUGGUGUUCGAGUUCUUGCACAACUUCGGCGAGACGCUGGGCUUCGACAUGGACAGCCUGCCGUCGCUGGGCGCGCUGCAGCAGGGCCUGCUCAACGAGCCCGACCACGAGGAGGAGCUGCUCUCGGUGCUGACCCACCUGGUGGUGUGCGCCGUGGAGGACCCGGGCAUCCCGCACCCGGUGCGCCACGUGACCGUGCUCAACCAGACGCUGCGCCAGGCGGACAUCACGCACACGGCACUCUCCGAGGUGCUGCGCAUCUACAUGUUCGCCUGCGCCUCGGGAGAGGUGAAGAACUUGACGGGUCUGUGCCCGAACCAGCGAGACCCGCACUGCCGUGCCAAGAACGCUGACUUCCAGGACGCCAUGGACGCCAACCGCACUAACCAGAUGUCGCAGUGGCUGGCGGAGCGGCCGUACCUGGCGCUGAACCCGACCGAGAAGACCGAGGUGCUGGCCCACCUCUGCAACGACCUGCUGCAGAACAAGGCCGUGCUGCGCCAGAUCGAGAGCACGAUCGACGUGGUGAAUGCCAAGCGCAAGGAGAAGUGGGUGCUGGACGGCCGGCUGCGGCGGCUCAAGAUGCUGCACGCCAAGAAGUUCUCCCAGCGGCACGUGGCGAGCCGGCCGGCGCCGCCCGAGCCCAGCGAGAACGGCGACACCGGCGACACGACGCGGCUCAGCGAGACCGCCAAGGAGAAGGACGCCGACGAGCACAAGGACGACGACGACGACGAGGAGGAGAAGGAGAGCGGCAACGAGAGCGAGCAGGGCGACGACACAGACAUCAACGAUGACGGAGACGUGAACGCCAUGAGCGCCGAGGAGUUGCACAAGCGGAUCGAGCAGCUCAACAACCACAACAACCAGCUGAGCCGUGACAUCUUUGAAGGCAACCGCACCAUCCGUCCGACCAGCCUGGGCCACGACCGCUACCACCGCGCCUACUGGAUCCUGCCGCGUGCAGGCGGCGUCUACGUGGAGGGGCUGGAGAGCGGGCUGGGCGCCGACGAGCGGACGGGCGACGAGGCGGGCGAGAAGCGCGCCGCCGACUCGCCUGCCGAGCAGCGCGGCAAACGGGCGCGGCUCGAGGCGGGCGGCGAGGCGCCGCAGCCCGAGACGAAGCCGGAGACAGAUCCGGAGACGAAACCGGAGACGGAUCUGGCGACGAAACCGGAGCCAACGGCGGAGCCAAAACCGGAGCGGGAGUCGGAGUCGGAGUCGGAGCUGCAGCAGCGGCUGGUCAACGGCGACUGCGCGCCGACGCCGGCCGAGAACGGCCUGACUGAGGACGAGCCGCACGUGAACGGCGACGGCGACGGCCGGGAGCACGCCGGCUCGCCGCUGCUUCCGCCCACCAAAGUGAAGUCCGAGCCGGCGCCGGUCAAGGCAGAGUCGCCGACCGAGAUGUCGCCGCCGCCACCGCCGCCGCCACUGCCUCCGCCUCCGCCGCCCGCUGGUGUCGUGAAGCCGGAGUCGGUCGCCGGAGACGCGGCGACGCCGGCGCCGCCGCCGGCCGCCGGCGCCGUCAAGGCUGAGCCGGCCGACGCGAAGCCGUCGGCACUGGACAGCCUGAGCGCCAUCAAGCACCUGGCCGAGAACCCGGUGCCCGCCCCGUCCAAGGCGGCGUCAGUGAUCCUCAGCACCCCCAGCUACAAGCCGCAGCUCAACAGCAAGCACAUGAUCAGCUACCUGAACGCGUCACUGGCGUCGCUCGGCGCCAACGGCUCGUUGAAGGAGGUGAACGGCGCGGUGCAGAUCCCUGGCCUGGGCCUGGUGCCGUCCCAGUACCUGAUGCAGGCGCUUCAGGCGCCCGAGAAGCUGUGGUUCAGCGUGCUGCCCAAGGAGCCGUGCGACUUCAGCACCAUCACCGAGCUGUCGGACGACGAGGUGGAGUCGGUGGCGGCCGAGCCGGAGCGGCGCGCCGCGCUGCCCGAGGACGCGCCGCCCGACCCCGAGCUCGUCGGCAAGCUGGAUGUGCACGAGGAGGCGCUGGAGGUGCCGCAAGAGUACAAGUGUGGCUGGUGGCGGGUCUCCGACGCGACCAAAAUCGACCAGCUGACCAACGCCCUGCACAACCGGGGAAUCCGCGAGAGGCCGCUCAAAAACAAGAUCCUCACCUGCCGCGAUACUGUACUGGAGUCUUGUGAUACGCGAACAGAGAAAAAUCGAAUCUUAGGUAACCCGGACGAGGUCAACCUGACGGUGACCGACGCCGACGCCGACGCCGACCCUGACGCCGCGGCCGCCGCGGCCGCCGCCGCCGCCGCUGAGCCGGCGCCGGUGCCGGCGCCUGACGAGCCCGGCUCCUACCGGCACGACGUGGCCACGACCGUCGAGAUGUACCUGCUCGAGCAGGUCGAGAACCUGGAGGAGCGCAUCGGCCAGGCCAGCAUGCAGGUCAAGACGUGGCGCCUGCCGCCGCGCACCUCGCACGACCGCAGCCUGUUCGCGCCGUCCUGCGCGCCCGAGGAGGGCAAGCUGAACCCGGUGGCAAGCGCGCGCGACCGGCUGAUCGACCUGGAGCAGAACGUGGAGCGGCGCUACCUGAAGCCGCCGCUGGGCACCAGCAAAGGCGCCGACCUGAGCCUUUCGAACCUGGGCACCGAGGAGAACAACACCAUCCCGCGGCCGCUGCUGGUGUGGCGCGAUGCCCUGCCGCGCACCACCACCGCCGCCCAGGUCUCCAUGUGCCUGUACGCGCUCGAGAUGUCAGUCGCCUGGGACAAGUCCAUCAUGAAGGCGCAGAACUGUCAAUUCUGCACGAGCGGCGACCAUGAGGAGAAGCUGCUGCUCUGCGACGGCUGCGACAAGGGCUACCACACGUACUGCUUCAAGCCGGCCAUGGACACGAUACCGGACGGCGACUGGUACUGUUACGAGUGCGUCAAUAAGGCGACCGGCGAGCGGGCAUGCGUCGUCUGCGGCAAGGGCGAGGGCAAGGUGCUGCUGUGUGAGGGCUGCCCGCGCGCCUUCCACCCCGAGUGCGUCACGCCGCCCGUAGUCAAGGUACCGCGGGGCAAGUGGCACUGUCCGGCGUGCGCCCACAAGAGCCCGAAGAAGUCGCGCUCCAAGAAGGCGAAGCCGGCCCCGCCGGAGCCGAGCGAGCCGGCGCCGGCCGAGGAGAAGCCCGCCGAGGAGCGCGAGUCGCCGCCCAAGAAGGAGCGCGGCAACAAGAAGUUGGCCAAGGAGAUGGCCAUGUGCCGGACGGUGCUGACCGAGCUGGAGGCGCACGACGAGGCGUGGCCUUUCCUGCUGCCGGUCAACACCAAACAGUUCCCCACCUACAAGAAAAUCAUCAAGAACCCAAUGGAUCUCAGUACCAUUAAGAAACGGAUCAACGAAGGAGUGUACAAGGGCAAGGACGAGUUCAUCGCCGACAUGCGUGUCAUAUUUGACAACUGUGAGACGUUCAACGAGGACGACUCGCCGGUGGGCAAGGCCGGCCACACUAUGCGGACUCUGUUCGAGGCGCGUUGGCUCGAGCUCAACCCGCAGUAGCGCGCGCGCGUGCGUGCGCUCAGUGUUGCACAUUGCGCCGCUCGUGUGCGGGGCGGCGCCGCGGGCGCGAACCAAGAGCGACUUCUGAUAGAGCCCGUCUAGGUCUUUCCGCAGUUGGAUCAUAGUUGUGUACAAAUCCAUGCUAGACUAGGCAUAAUGAUUCCUGGAACUCGUGAGAUGAGAGAGAUCAGGUAUUUUGUAGUAGCCGUUUUUACUCGUCGCUUUACUCAGAUUCAUGUGGUGGAUUGGUCGGCCCGCCCGGGCCGCGGCCCGGCUCCGCCAGCUCCGACCCCAGUCAUACGCUAAUGCAGCUACUCGAGUUCACCAUCCAUCGGUUAUUUAUUUUUUCGUAACAUUCACUGCUCUCCUACAGAUGGUCUGGCGUGUGUGCUCGCGCGUGUGUACAUAAUUGUUUGUAUAACCAGAUGUGCCUGGCUGUCCGCUGGGCGCGCGGGCCUCGCGGCACCGGGCCGCUGCCACCCCGUUCAGGCCCGGUGACCUCUGUAUAGCUGUUGUAUAUGACAUGUCCAACGUGUAUCAUGUCGGUGGCACUCAAUUAUCCUGAAUAUAUUUCCCAGUUUCUU